AUGAAGAAGAGAGGUAGUUCUCAGAGUGCGCGUUCCAUCGCGUUCGCGUUCCUCCUGUUCGUCGUGCUGGUCGUCGAAGCGGCAGUGAUCGACCGCCAGAAACGAGAAUUCGUGAUCCCGGACUGGAUCGAGAUCGUGGACGAACCUGUCGCGGAGAACUCCAAGACGAUACAAAGGGCGGUUAGAGUGAGGGAUGCGAAGGUAACCUAUGACGGUGCACAGGUCUGGAGGGUCCAAGGUACCGAAGGGCAGAAGGAUUUGGUGGCGAACGUGACCAUGGAUUUUCAGGAAGCUGGAUUACUCUCGUUAUGGGUGGGUAACGACACGGCAGUGGACGUGAUGAUUCGUCCAGAAGAAAUUUCAAGAGUGUCUCGCUAUCUGAAGCAAAAAGAACUGCAAUACGAGGUAGUGAUCGAGGAUCUGCAAAGAGCGAUAGACGAGGAGAACCCAUUGCUCUCGGAGCAAGAGGUGGAGGAACUGGAAGGUCGCAAAGGUCAUCGAAUGGAAUGGACCAGUUACCACCGACUCGAGGACAUCCAUGGAUAUCUGGAUUAUCUCGCUGAAACGUUCCCCGACGUAUGUUCCGUCGUCAGUAUUGGCAAUUCCGUCGAGGGAAGACCUCUGAAGGUGAUAAGAAUUAGCAAUGGAAAACCAAAUGCACCAGCGUUGUGGAUCGAUGGUGGUAUUCAUGCCCGCGAAUGGAUCUCGCCGGCAUCUGUCACUUACAUUAUCAAUCACUUGGUCGAAAAUAGCGAGAACCUCGAGGCUGAUUAUUACAUUCUCCCAGUGGCAAAUCCUGAUGGGUACGAGUACACGUUCACCAAGGAUCGUUUAUGGAGGAAGAACAGGAAACGCUCCGUGGGAAGUCUGUGCACCGGGGUGGAUCUCAACAGGAACUUUGGUUAUCGAUGGGGUGGGUUGGGAACUAGCAAAGACCCAUGUCGCGAAACUUAUGCAGGCUCCGGACCGUUCUCCGAGCCGGAAACCAACGCCGUUCGGUACUUCUUCGAGGCCAGUGCGGCUAACUUUAAAGCAUACCUGACAUUCCACAGUUACGGCCAAUACAUCCUGUACCCAUGGGGCUACGACAAACGCGUUCCACCUGAUUACGCAGACCUCGAGAUGGUCGGCAGAGAGGUAGCAAAGGCGAUGAGGAAGGCAGGCGGGGCUAACAGCGCUUACACUGUCGGAAACAGCGCUACCACCCUGUACGCGGCUUCCGGUGGCUCCGACGACUGGGCCAAGGCGAUCCUGAAAAUGAAAUACACCUACACCGUGGAAUUAAGAGACACUGGGAAGCACGGUUUCGUCUUACCAGCUCGUUAUAUUAUUCCGACAGCUAAGGAAGCGUUGGCUGCGGUCAUGAUCGUCACGGAAGCUUGCAAAUCUCUGUAA